UUUAAAUAUUCCGCGAAAUGGAGGACAAAGAAUGGGAAGCAAGAAGAGCAAUGUUCACUAAAGUUAAAUUUGCUGAUCCUCUUGUGAAAAGAGAAAAUUUUAUGGUAAAUCUUAGAAAGGAAAACAGGAGGAAAAUAUUUAAGAAGAAGCGCUCAGAGAUUCAAGUCCCUUCCCUCUCAGAUGCAUAUGAUACUUCAGCUACAGAAGGUGAGGAUUAUACCCCUUGGGAUCCAAACACAAAGGAUGUACUAGAGGAUCUUUUGAAUGUGUUAAAGAAUACCUGGGAUAAAGGCUAUUGAUUUGAGGCAUGCCAUGACAAAAAGCUCCUCACUUGUCUUUCAGAGUACCUCAGUGACUAUAUAAAUUCACCGUCGAUUGUUGGUACUCAACAAAAAGAGUUGAUAGUGUGUGUCACGCUUAAAAUCCUUCUUGAUAUGACCGCUCUAGAAGGUUAUUCUGACACUGAAUUUGUAAAUUAUUCUUAUCAAGAGUGAAAGUUUAGCAUUUUGCUUCGCAAAUUAAUAAUGAAGGCCUGAGAAGCUAUUUCAAAUUUAGGCCCUACAAUUGGUCAUGAGUCAAAGGUAGAAGAGGUUUACAGGAACCUUGGUUUCAUCCAGAGAUCAAUUGCAAUCCUCCAAAAUUAUCUCUGCUCAAACAAGGAUAAUUUCUAUGAUGAUAUUGCAGCAUGAGACAUGCAUGAGUGCUUUCACACAAUGUUUUUAGUAUUCUCCAAAAAUGCACCAGAAAUUGAGUAUAACUAUAUGGAAGAUACGUAUGAACUUUAUGCUGAUAUGAUCUACUGAACUAAUGUUAUGAUCCACUCCUUCCCCUCCGACUCUCUAGCUACAAGUUUAGACUGAAUUGAGAUUAUUAUAAAGUCAAUAUUUCAAGGAGCAGGAUACUCAGACAUCAAAGUUACAAAAGAGAGGUACCAAGACCUAAUAUUCUCUUGCUGAGCUGCAAUUGAGUCCGUCUGCUCAACUCAAGAAGACGGACUUGCUAAAUUUUGAGACGAGAAAUCUAAAAUUGUCCAAAUCGUGGAGAUUGCUAAUGAAUGACUCGCUGAAAACAGUAAGGCAAAUAUCAAAAUACUAAUUAAAAUCAGUAAGCUAAUCAAAACUUUGUCUGAAAAGAGUUACGACCAAAAAUACGAAGAUGCGAAACUAUUCCCAUGCUUAUUCAAUAUACUUAACAAAGUAAAUAAUCCAGAUGUUGAGGAGUACCUCACCGAUGCUAUAAUCAAGUUCUUGGGAAAUUCUCGCCAUAUCUUGGAAGAUUUAAGCAACGCUAAAAAUCUGAAGUUUCUCUUGGAUAUAGGUGCUGGCUCUACUUAUCAUGCGAAAAGCAACAUAGCUGAUAUUUUCACUGAACUUAUGAUUCUCAAAAAGUUGAAUAGCUUGUGCGAUACUCCCAAGAAUGAAAGUAUAGUAGAGAAAUAUAUAAACUCUCAGAAAGAACUCGUUGAUGGAAUUAACUCUCUAUCGUUCAAUAUCUUAGAAGACUUCCAAAGUGCAGUUGAAGCCCAAGAUAAUGCACUUAAGUUAGUAAAAUACCUCGUGAAUAAUGAGCUUGUUGAUCCUAGCGAGACCCUCCACAGAUUAGAACAAAUAGUUCCAGUAAGCACCUCUACAGCAGAAGAUAUGCUUGAAUUUAUUGAUUUUUACCGUGAGGAGCUGUCUGAUUUUGACUAUUAUUCAGACUAA